ACCGCUUGGAACGACGCCACAGCAACUCUGCGCCUCAACUUCGCCCGUCUGCACUCCUGCGCUACCGCCUCUUGAUCCACUCAUUUGGCUCCACUUGCACACCUCCCAUGGGCGGUGCGUCGGCGGGAGCGUUGGUGCCGUCGGUGUCGAAGGCGGAGGAGAUGGGGGCGUCGGUCGCCCCGCUUGCCGUCUCGUCCUCGGAGACCACUGACGUGGCUGGGGCGCCGCCGCCGGCCGAGGGGGCCACGGUCCCCGACGGAACUCGGGCCGCGGCGGCGGUGAAGGCGGAGGCCGAGGCGGAGGCCGAGCGCGACAAGGAUCUGCUCUGCCCCAUCUGCAUGGGGGUCAUCAAGGACGCCUUCCUGACGGCCUGCGGCCACAGCUUCUGCUACAUGUGCAUCGUCACUCACCUCAACAACAAGAGCGAUUGUCCUUGUUGCGGAAAUUACCUCACCAAGAAUCACCUCUACCCCAAUUUCCUCCUCAACAAGCUUUUGAAAAAGCAAUGUGCCCGUCAAAUUGCAAAAACAGCAUCACCUGUUGAGCAUCUUCGUUUGGCAUUGCAGCAGGGAUGUGAGAUGUCGGUUAAGGAGCUCGAUGGUUUGUUGUCUCUUCUUAGUGAUAAAAAGCGGAAAAUGGAGCAACAAGAGGCUGAGAUGAAUAUGCAAAUUUUACUCGACUUUUUGCACUGUCUUAGGAAGAAAAAGCUGGAAGAGCUUAAUGAGGUUCAAACUGAUUUACAAUUUAUCAAAGAAGAUAUAAAUGCUGUAGAGAAACACAGAGCAGAACUGUACCGGGCAAGAGAGAGAUACUCGGUGAAAUUGCGAAUGCUUUUGGAUGAUCCAAUUGCAACAAAAUUUUGGUCUUCCACUGCUGAUCAGCACAAUAGCAUACUUGUCUCGAAUGCUCGUAGCUCUCUUGUUGGGACAUGCUCUCGAAAUUUACAGGUGAAGAGUAAUGAUGUGAAAGCUCAACUAAGCCAUCAAGAUUACCAAAGAAAAGAUGCUUUAAGUGGAUCUGAAACAACAAAUUCCCUUAUUCAAUCAGGAAGAGUCAUAGCAAGAAAGAGACGAAUUCAAGCUCAGUUUAAGGAGCUUCAAGAAUGUUACUUACAAAAACGGCGUCUUGGAGCUAGCCAAUCACAUCGUCAGGAAGAAAAAGAUGCAAACGCCAAAGUUAGAGAAGGUUAUCAUGCGGGUCUUGAUGAUUUUCAGUCUGUGCUAACCACAUUUACUAGAUACAGUCGGUUGCGUGAUAUUGCGGAACUUAGACAUGGAGAUCUAUUUCAUUCUGCAAAUAUUGUGUCAAGCAUAGAGUUUGAUCGCGAUGAUGAGUUUUUUGCCACUGCUGGUGUUUCGAAGCGCAUUAAAGUCUUCGAAUUUUCUACAGUUGUAAAUGAACCAUCAGAUGUAAACUGCCCUGUUGUAGAAUUGGCCACACGGUCCAAACUUAGUUGCUUAAGUUGGAACAAGUACUCCAAAAACAUUAUUGCGAGUAGUGAUUAUGAAGGGAUAGUAACUGUUUGGGAUGUGACCACUCGCCAGAGUAUGAUGGAAUAUGAAGAACAUGAAAAAAGAGCAUGGAGUGUUGAUUUUUCACGGACGGAACCAACAAUGUUAGUUUCUGGUAGUGAUGAUUGCAAGGUCAAAGUGUGGUGCACAAAGCAAGAAGCCAGUGUUAUCAAUAUUGACAUGAAAGCAAAUAUUUGUUGUGUCAAAUAUAAUCCUGGAUCCAGUGUUCAUGUUGCAGUUGGUUCUGCUGAUCAUCACAUUCACUAUUUUGAUUUGAGAAACACAAGUACUCCACUCCGUAUUUUUAAGGGACACUGGAAAGCAGUUUCAUACGUGAAAUUCCUGUCCACAAAUGAGCUUGCAUCUGCAUCAACAGACAGUACAUUGCGAUUGUGGGAUGUAAAGGACACAUGCCCAGUGCGCACCUUCAAGGGACACACAAAUGAGAAAAAUUUUGUGGGUUUAACAGUAAACAAUGAGUACAUUGCUUGUGGCAGCGAGACAAACGAGGUUUUCGUGUACCAUAAGGCAAUCUCGAAGCCAGCUGCAUGGCACAAAUUCGGAUCCUCAGAUCUUGAUGAUGCAGAAGAUGAUGCUGGGUCAUAUUUUAUUAGCGCUGUUUGCUGGAAGAGUGACAGUCCUACAAUGUUGGCAGCCAACAGCCAGGGGACUAUCAAAGUUCUGGUACUCGCAGCUUAGCAGAAGACGAUAAAAGGCAAGGAAAGCUUUUAGAUGUGCCCGGUAGUUGUCCGUGUAUUUAUCGCUUAGGUGUGUCCAUAUUUUUUCAUUCAGUAACUACUCUACUCUUCCUACUCUUUUCUCUCAAGGCUUUUCUUGGUCUUCAACCUUAGGAAUGGCUUUACAGUCCAUGGUUUGCACCUUGAUAGACUUGUAAAAUGUUGUCAUAUUUCGAGAUGUGGUAAUCAUACUUGUUCAUUUUGCUCCAUUUUCUUUUACGAGUAUGUUAAUGGGACUCUACAAGGGUGA